UACUACUGACAUCUGAUAUUGACAGUUCACAGUUCAAAGGACAACAUAAAAUCUGAAAAGAAAAAAAUAAUUUUAACAAUAGCUAUUAACACUGAUUAAUAUGUAACAGUUUAUUGUUAUAGUUUAAGAAGUUUUUUAAGAACUCAGAAAUCAUAUUUUUCAUAAUGGAUCCCAUGAAGUUUUACAAUAACGAUUUUUAACUAAUAAAAACAACGGCAAUUUUGAUUUAAUUUCAAUGGCAACAAGAAAUAAACCAGGAAGUAAACAUGAUGACCACAGCGUUGAGACCCUUGCAGAAGUAUUUCGAUGCUUCAUUUGCAUGGAAAAACUGCGCGACGCACAUCUUUGUCCUCACUGCUCAAAACUGUGUUGCUAUGUCUGCAUAAGAAGAUGGUUGACAGAGCAAAGAUCUCAGUGUCCCCACUGUAGAGCCUCCUUACAUUUACAUGAGCUGGUUAAUUGUCGAUGGGUUGAAGAAGUAACACAGCAGUUAGAUACUUUACAAGCUGUGAACGUAAAUGGAAGCAGAGUUGAUGAAAGCGAUAGAGACAAAUGUACAACUCAUUUAGAAAAAUUAUCAGUUUACUGUUGGACAUGCAGAUGCUGUAUUUGCCAUCAAUGUGCCCUAUGGGGUGGAACUCAUUCAGGUCAUACAUUUAAACCUCUGGAUGAAGUUUAUGAGCAACAUGUUACCCAAAUUAAAGACGAAGUUGCUCAGUUACGACGGAGACUAAUGGAAUUAAUAAGCAUCGUCCAAGAAGUGGAAAGAAAUGUUGAGUCAGUUAGGACAGCUAAAGAUGAAAGAGUUAGGGAAAUUAGGAACGCUGUUGAACUAAUGAUUGCAAGAUUAGACUCACAAUUAAAAACCAAACUAUUAACUUUGAUGGGGCAAAAGGAUACUUUAACUCAAGAAACGGAACAAUUAGAACAUUUACUACAUGAAAUUGAACAUCAAGUGCAUACAUGCUCAAAAUCUGUUCUAAUAACAAAAAGUUCUGAACUAUCUAGAAUGAUUCAUAAUAUUCGUAAGAAACCAAUGACAAGUUUUGUUACAGCUCCAGUUCCUGCAGAUUUUCAUAGUGAAAUUGUGCCAGGCUACAGCACCAGUACUUUCGUAAUGCACGGAUUUACCCAGUUACAAAGAAAAGCAGAUCCAGUGUACUCUACACCGUUACAUUGCAAUGGACUUUGCUGGCGACUGAAAGUAUAUCCAGACGGAAAUGGUGUAGUUCGCGGAAACUAUCUUUCCGUAUUUUUGGAGUUGAGUGCCGGCUAUCCAGAACCUUCAAAAUAUGAAUACAGAGUGGAGAUGAUACAUCAAGCUAGUAGAGAUUCUAAUAAAAAUAUCGUAAGAGAGUUUGCUUCCGAUUUUGAGGUUGGUGAAUGUUGGGGCUACAACAGAUUCUUUAGAUUGGACUUACUGGCUAGUGAAGGAUAUUUAAAUGUUGCACUUGAUACAUUAGUUCUAAGAUUUCAAGUACGGGCUCCAACGUUUUACCAAAGAUGUCGCGAUCAACAAUGGUACAUCAAUCAGUUACAGACAGUUCAAAACCAGUAUAUUUCUCAAAUUAACGAAUCGAAAGAGCGUUUAGCUGCGGAAAUUUCAAGAAAUGCUGUGGCCGCCACGUUGGGCGUUAAUUCUCAAACUGACCUCGCCAAUGUGGCUUUGGUCAAGAGCAUGUACGCGUUGCAAUCUAUUCCAACGUCGAUGACCAACGAUGUGGCAAUUGAUAGUCGGGCAAUCCCCUCAACCUCUCAGUGCAAUGUAGCGGAAAAGUCGUAUUCGACAGAUCUCACUAAUUUUGGUAGAAAUAUAGGCGCUGCGGCUACUUGCAGUACUGCUCAAACAAAGACUGUUUCUACCGGCGAAUGCCCCUGUUCCUCAAAAGCUCAACAAAAUGGCGCUAGUAGCAGCAGUUCAACUUCGGCUUCCUCUAUACAAACCCAAAUAAACAGCAAAAAGUCGAACGAGUCCCAUAACCAGGAAUCCCCGCAUAGGAUUUUAGGCUUGGGCGUUUCCCUUAGCUCUCCAAAUUUAUUGAAUUCCACAGUUUCUUUGAUGUUAAGCAGUAGUAGCAGUGAAAGUGAUUUAAGCGAACCUGAACCACUGAUGGAAGAAUUUGAACAGCAAGGAGCAAAUUUGAUAGGCACCAGUGAAAACUCUAACGACGAAAACGAUGUCGACUUGGAGACAAUGUCAGGCGAAAACGAUGUGGAGUAUGCUGAAUUUUCUAUGAAUCAGGGAAUUAUGCUUAGAGAUUCUAGUUCGACAGCUAGUAGUUUUGCUGGAGCUACAGCAUUAUCCCCCUCCACGUUAAUGAGUAACAGUUUUGAAGAGAAAUUGAAGUUGAUGAGUUUGUUUGAUGAGGCCACUAAUAAGAAUGGCAAUGGAAAGUCGGUUAAAGGUUUUGCGCCGACAAAUUCUACGAUGUUGCUUGAUAUUGCUGCUCCUCCUACAAAUCUAGACUUGACUAUGCUCGGCCCCACCCUUUCUCGACAAAAAGACGACACGGUUCCUACUUCGAACGACAGACAGAAAAACAAGCACAGAUUUAGACCUCUAUUUGAUGCUUCACCUUCAAGCGAUACCGCAUCACCCAACGAGCCAUGGACUGAAACAGUACCACUAAAUACCAAAGAGUCUCCGAUGGGUCCUUUAGAAUCCUUCCUGCGUUCUAUAAAUUGUUAUCCAGAGCACGAUCAGAACCGGAAGAAGGCGUCGGUAGCUCAGAAGGAGAGGCGAAAACAUCAUGCCAAAGCAGGUCAACCUAGUCCGUUAUUCCAAACGCCCUUCCCUCCACCUCCUCCACUGAGUGACAGUUUAGACAAUUGUUUGCAGCCAACACCAACUGAAUUUAGCUGGACUCCUCCACUUCUAAAUCAAAGGCGUUUGCCGAAAAACCACAGGAAAAAUCCGAACGAAAAUCUACCGGUGCCAGAAAGAGAUGACAGAAACGGCGGAAGAUAUAGAGUAAAUGUCAGAUUUUUCUGUUCCAACCCUGGUAUUCAAACAUGUAACUGGCUCAAGGAACUGGGAACUGGCUAUUAGACUUAAGAAUGAAGACACUUAAAACUGAUAAGAA